CGUCGCCGUUGUUGUGCCGUCGAGGCGGUAAACGGAUACGAUCGCGCCCGGACUCUGGUCCGCGGUAAGCGGUAAGCGCUGACGAGAAAUAGUCCCCGCUCCGCUCGGGCCAACCGACAUCCCGCACUCGCGGUGUCGCACCGAGUCCGCGCCCGGCGGUGUUCUCCGCACGUUUUCGAACACUGUUAUCCUUUUCGUCUAGCGUAGCCUUUGGGUCGCGCGGAACGAUUUCACGUCGUGAACGGGCUCGAACGGUGAUCCCCGUACUGGUUUCCAGUCCCGUUGAAUCGACCGACACACGUGUGCUCAAAUCAAUCGCAGACGCAAUCGGUGCUGCACACGAAGCGACAUACACGCAAUACGUCGGCGGUGCGGACCGCUGGUGUUUCCACAGUAAGAUCUGCGUUCCGAAAACGGUCAAGUUUCCCGGAGAACAUUUCAAACUCAACAGAAAAAAGAACCAUCAACGUCUUUCGAUAUCGUGGAACAAACUUAUAAUCGCAUAGAUACGCUUGCACGUACUCGCACGAUCAUCACCGCUGCACCAUGGAUGAGGCGCAGAGCGUGGACGGUACCGAUCUAAGGGACAAGGACGUUAACAUUCAAAGUAUAGCCGACCGCUUACUUCAUAUGUUAACUGAAGAGCGAGAUGAAAAGGUAUUGAAUGCAGUUACAAAUUCUCUUUUGACCUUAUCUAAAACUCAUUCAAAACAAAUCGUUCAAAAUAUGAUACAUUACAAGCUACAAAAUGCGUUAAGUGUUGUGGAAACUAAAAGUUUACUAUCAGUUAUGAAGCAAAUAUGUGAAAAUAACUAUAAUGAUUUUGAUGUGGAACUUACAAAUAAUUUGGUUCAAUUUGCCAAAAAUGAAAUGAUUAAAUCUUCAGACUCCCAAUUUACUGCAUCUGAUAUCUUAAUAACUUUAGGCCGUGGAAGAUCUGAGCAGAUUAUACACAAUCUUAUGUCACAUUUACAUGAAGGCAUUCCUCCUCAUUGUUCUAUUAUCUAUUCAUUGGGACACCUUGCUUCAAAUCAUCCUCUAAAAUUUAUUCAUUUUGUUGAUCCAUUCUUGUCAGCUACUUGUUCAACUUUGCUUUUGAUCAAGUCGGAUGCUUCACGUAAAAUUUAUGCUACAGCAAUUGGUCAAGUCUGUGCAUCAGUAAUUGAAUGUGAAUCCUCAGAACUAUAUCAAAUUAAAGAUAAACUGUCAUCUAAAGUAGAAGAGAUUUAUAAAAUUAUUAGUGAUUCCUGGUUAAUAUCUAAGGAUGUAAAGGUAUACGAAUGUGUUCUUGAAGCUUUUAGCUCAAUCAUAAUGUUGAUGAGUGUUCAAACACUAAGUAAAGAUAGAAUAACAAUUUUGACAAAUAUAAUAAAUUUGUAUAAAAGAUGUUCAUCUGUUGGUUUGUCUCGAUUUUGGGUUACACAGUACUUGGCUAGUUUUUUGUCAGUAGUAUCAGAAAAUAUGCUUGAACCAGUAAUAGAUCAUCUGUUUUUAAUAUUACAUGAUAUGGUUGUUGUGAUACCUGAUUAUGAUUUUCCAAUGUCCAUUAAAAACCAUUCAGAAGUUCUAAGAUGUUAUACUUACUUAGGUAAACAUUUUGGAGAUAAAAUAUGUGAUCUGAUAUUACGGGAUUUAAAGUCUAAUUCAGAACAAGGUAGAAUGGGUGCUUUACUUAUUGCAUCACAUUUAUUAAAUGCUUCUAAUCAAAGCAUUAAAUUAAAAUCUGCUGAGAUUAUUCCAAUAUUGUAUGAUUUAUUAAAAACUAACAGUUCGUUUCAGAUGAAGAAUUUAUUGGUGAAAAUUUUUAUAUGUUUUGCAUAUCAAGGACAUUUAACUGAAAAAGAUGAUUAUUUUAUUGAAUUUCUAAUAAAAAAUAUUUGUUAUUAUGGUCAUUCAAGUAGUAAAUAUUCUAAUGAUGAUGGACUCUCAAUAAAACAAACAUGUGAAGAUGCAUUAUAUAUUCUCUGUACAUCUAUAGAACCAGUACAAGUACUGUGUUGGAAUAAGUUAUUAACAUUUUUAAUGAAUAAUGAAUAUGAUAAUGCCGUACCAUCAAUUACUCGGUCAUUAGCGCAUAUGGCUACAAAAUCGCAUUUAAGAUCCAUAAGAUUUUCAAAAGAAAAAGACUUGAUUGUUGCGCGUUGUCUUUAUUUAUUAUGUCAACCAUUCAAAGAUAACAGAGGAAGUUCUGUUAUAAACUUUUUAUUAAAUUAUGGCAUUCAUGAUUUAUCAGAUAGUGAUAAAGAGUUUUGGAUGAAACACGCAGAUAUAUUGAUUAGAUUUUUGGAUUCAUCAUCCGAAAAAAAAGAAAAAGAAUGGGAAGUAGUGUUAUUGAAUACACUAAGUAUUGUAUUAGAAGAAUGCAUAAUAGAUAGACGUUGGAGCUUAAAAUUAGCUGAAAAAAUGUUUGACGAACUUGUAAAGACCUAUGAAGUUACAAAAAUAUUUACUUCUGAAAUGUUUUUAAUCAUUAAAAUGAUAUCAUAUUUUGCUGCUUAUUUUGAUGCUGAAGAAUUAUCCCUGACAAAAAAUUUAUUAAAUUUCAUUUUUCAAUCUCUCUUAAGGAUGUCUUUUGAAAAAAGUCAAGAAUUUUCCGGAGCUAUUGGUGUUAUAAGUCAAGUCCAUACUGGACUAGUGGUGAACAAAUUGUUAGAAUUUAUUGGAACUGAAUUGACCAAACAGCCAAAUAAAUUUUUAGUCCUUAUAAGAGACAAAGGUAAUGAAAUGGCUAGGGAUAAAAUUCGGUCUUCAAUUGCCAUCAUUAUACCUGAUAUAGUGAAGAAUGGAAAACUUCGAAGUGUAAUUGAUAGCAUCUAUGAUAUUGUAAUAUUGAUAACCCAGCAAAUAAGUCUAACAAAGAACAUUGAGACUAAAAAGUCCUUAGUUCAAUGUCUUGAAGUUAUAGCAAAUGUUAUAAGUAAUGUUGAAAAUAGUGAUACGAUACCAAAUUUAUCAAUCAUCCGAGACACAGUCAUCAAGAAUCUUGUAGAUCAAAUUUUAAAUUCCAGUUCACUAUCUGAUUACAUAUACUAUCAAGUCUUAGCAUCUUACAUAAAACCUGUACCUGAUAUUGAACCUAUCGAUUUGAGUACAAGAUCGUUCAUUAUAACAAAGUGUGUUGACAAAAUAUUUAUCCUUUCUUCCUCAGAAAUUGUGGAUAAUAAUGGAACUGACAUCAUGUUAACAUUGGAAUAUCUUUGUAAAGUUCUUGAUCAGUUGCUGGUAAUUAGAAGUGGAUCAUUUGAAGUAGUUGAUGAAAUUGUCAUAAUACUGAAUCCAUACAUAAUAUCACGAAAAAAUUAUCAAAGAUUUAUUGCCAUUUAUUUACUACAAAAUAUUAUGAACUGCUAUUAUAGUCAUAGCAAUUUUCAAAUAACUAAGCUGCCAACAUGUUUAAAUUCAUCUGCACCAUUGUUUGCUCAAAUGUGUGUGCGUAUAGCAGAACCUGAUGAAAAAACAAGACUGAACGUUUUUAAAUGUCUGGAUAUUUUACUAAAAAUAACUGCCAUUUAUAAAGGAGCUUUUACUGAAAGUUAUAUAAACCAAUCUGAUUAUAUUGAUAAAAUAAUGUUUGACAAUAAUGCAGAAUCAUGUAGAAAACUUUUAGAGGCUAUGCAAAAAAUAUUAGCACCAUCGGAUCUGCCACUUUUUUGUAAAUGUUUAAUUGAUGGUUUACAUGACCACGAAGAGUUAUGUCAGUUAAAAACUAGUGAAAUAUUAAACAUUUUAUUCCCAAUUGUUGCCCAACAAUUUCAUCAAAAAGCUUAUAAUGAAAUUUUAAGUUACCUAUUUAAAGAGCUUGAAAACACCAAUGAAAUUAUUAAGGCGAAUAACAUAAAAGCGUUGAUUACUUUUGGAAAAUUUAACAAAUCGGAUUUUAUUGAAUUACUUAUUAAUCAAAGCUUGCCAUUUAGUUUGACUGUGUGUGCUAUUUGGCAAUCUUUAGGGAAAGAGGAAAUGUGUUCUCAGAUUGUGGACACGCUUUUAGAGUUUAUAACAUUAACACCUUUGUAUGAUACUAGUACAAAACAGUUCCUAAAUAAACCAGUUGCUUCACUGAUCCCUAUUGCAGCACUUAGUGGUCUGAAUGAAAUUUUAAAACAACUUUCAUAUGAUUCUACAAUAAAGUCAUUUCCUGAUCUUUUUAAUAUUAUAUUUUUGACCUUUGCUGCAUUGAUUGAUGUUGGUUCUCCUAUACGAGGAACUAAUAAAAAUUUAUUUAUAUCUUAUAAAGAAGUUUAUGACAUAAAUCCUGCCAAAAUUGCUCACGAAACAUUAUAUCAUUUAUUUAAAGCCAUUAAAUUAGAAGAAUGUUCUAAUCAUAUAAUGGAUUCAAUCAACUGCUUGGAUACUACAGUCGAUAUUAUCAUGCAUAAAUUAGGACCAUGCAUUAUUAAAGGAUUGGUUGAAACAUAUUCUGAUUUGAUCUCAAAAAUAUUAAAUAAUUUUGACCAAAACUUAAAUAGUACAUUAGAAUGUCAACGGAUUGCUAUUGUAAUUCUUUGUUUAUGUUGUACUGAAACUAUAACGACUGAUGCAAAAUAUACUACUAAUUUAAUAAACAUUUUUUUAAAAUGUUUGAAUGAUACAUCGUAUACUAUAAAAAAGUAUUGUUUAAAAGGUCUCACAGUUAUUUGUCAACAUCAACAGAUUUGGUCUGAUAAUCAGUCUCAAUACAUACUUGAUGCACUAAUGCAAAGUCUCGAUGAACAUCAAACACAACAGAGUGAUGUAACAUUAGAAGCCAUACGCGGUCUUAUAUCAUUAACACCUCAUUUAUCAUUAGAUCAGUUUGAAAAACAUUAUACUACUUUAACAUUUCGUAUUAAACAAUUUUUUGAGAAUGAAAAUAACGAAAUGCGCAAUACUUCCAUAAGACUUUAUGGUGAAUUAUGUUCUAAAACAAUAGAUUUUGCUAUUGAAGUAGAUAUGUCAUUAAUUCAUAAUAAUAUGGUCACACUUCUUAUGCAUUUAUGUGAAAAUGAUAUAAAUAUUGUUAAGUCCUGCAAGUAUGCAUUGAAAAAAGUUAGCAUCUUGUUAAAUUCUGAAAGAAUGAUAGUUAUGACUCAAAAUCAUUUAAUUGAAGAAGGAAGAUUGAAGUAUACUGAAUUUACUCAACAAAUGUGUAAAAUUAUGACUGAAGAAUUUUUAUCUCAUAUUUCUACUUAUACAAUGAUUGGAAUAUCAUAUACGAAAAGUAUUUUUCCUGAACUAAGAGCCAGUGCUGCAUUAUUUAUUGGUUCUCUAUAUAAGGCAAAUCCAACUCAGUGUUCUUUUGAUUUGAUUUCAAAUAAAAUGUUGACUUUAACAAUUGAUCCAAACCCUAAAGUUCGUGCUAAUGCUGUUUAUUGCCUUGGAAUAAUUUAUGAUUUAAAAAUGGUAUCAUAACUUAUUUUAGUUAUGUUUUUCUUGUUUUUUUUGUAUA